AUGUUUCAGCCUAAAGAAGGACGAUCCCCCAAACUUCAGCUCAGCUUCAGCAGCAUUGUGAUUGUCAUUCACACUGCUGGCCUGCUUCUGCUAACACAAUCCUCUGAAGGUCAGUAUCAGGUGGUCAGUCCUCUUCAGCCAGUAUUUACAAUAACUGGUGAUGACAUCUUCCUGCCCUGUCAGCUGGAACCUGCUAUAGAUGCUGUUUCUAUGGCUGUGGAGUGGACUAAGAUGGACAUGUACCCCAGAUUUGUUCAUGUUAGACGGGGCGGUCAGGACCUGCUGGAGGACCAGAACCCCAAAUAUGAGGGGAGAACAUCUCUGUCCAUGAACAAACUGAAGCUCGGUGACGUCUCACUAAAACUCUCCAAAGUGAAAAUCUCUGAUGCAGGAAUGUACAAAUGCCUCAUCCCUGGAAUAUAUAGAGAUGCUUUUAUUCAGCUUGUUGUUGGUGCUGUCUCCCCGCCUGUCAUAUCUGGUAUCAAAAGAAGCACCAGUGGACUGGAGCUACAGUGUGAGUCUAAAGGCUGGUAUCCAGAGCCUGAGGUGUUGUGGCUGGAUGAUAAUGGAAACCUCCUCUCUGCUGGACCUACAGAGACAGUCAGAGGUCUUGAUGAUCUCUACUCUGUCAGCAGCAGAGUGACUGUGGAGAAGAGAGAGAGCAACAUCUUCACAUGUAGAGUCCAUCAGAGGAACAUCACCCAGACCAGAGAGACUAGAGUCAAAUUUCAAGAUGACUGGGUGCAGUGCAGCAGUGAGACUCCAGAAGGAAGAGGAGAAGAAGAGCAGCUUGUUAAAGGUGGUAAGAGUAUGAAGGGUCUGGAAGAUAAGUUACAGGAGAAGGAGCAAGAAAAGAAUGACAUGCUAGAUUUGAUUUCAAUAAUGGAGGAACAGAAGACAGAACUGGAGAUCUCAAAAGCAAUACACAUAUCAAAGCUGGAGAAAGUGGAGAAAGAGCGGAGAGAGAACGAGAAGAAACUUAAUAAUGUAAGUGAUACAUUUCAUUGGAACAAAGAUGUGAAGAAGAGCGAUCUAUUGAAGUUAAAAAUAGAACUGGAAAACAAAAAGACACAGUAUAAAAGAUCUUUGGACAGCAUUGAGAAUAAAUUACAGAAAACAACGCACGUGAUUUUAAAAAUGACAGACAGGAAGGAAAAAGUGGAAAACCAGAUUGAUGAAAUAAAAGAAGCAUUAAAUGAGAUGAAGACACAGCAGGAUGAGGAUCAGGAGAGACUUCAGUCAGAGCAGUCUGAGAGCGAGGAGGAGUCAGAGCAGCAUUAUGAAACAGUAGAAGUAACAGAUAGUUAUUACAAUAACUGA